AGCAACCGCAGGCGGUGAAGCCCAGUGGAAGUCGAGACGUGGGACUGACGACAAAGCGAGCGGAGAUGGAGCUUGGCGGACUUCUCCUCGUGUGUCUCCUCCAGGUUCAGUUGGGGACCCUGUGGACUCAUGAAGAGAGCGAGACCGGCCUCCGACGGCCCAGAGGCUCUCGCAGCGUUCCGGCGCAGGGAGGACGACUGGACAUCACUUUCCUGCCUGACAACAUGACCCAUAUAGUGGAGGACUCGCAGCGCUACUACAGCUGGCAGAGUUUCGGCCCCGACGACAGGCGUACCCGAGACCUGUGGGUGGACUUGGACUCGUUGCACAAGAGCCAAGUCCGAAUCCAUGGCAUCCUGUCCAACGCACACCAGAAGGCGGCGAGGGUGGCGCUAUCAUUCGACUUUCCAUUUUAUGGACACUACUUAAGACAAAUUAUCGUCGCGACCGGUGGUUUUAUCUUCAUGGGGGAGAUCACCCACCGCAUGCUAACUGCCACCCAGUACAUCGCCCCCCUCAUGGCCAACUUUGACCCCAGUUUCUCCAUGAACUCCACCGUCAGGUUUUCAGAUAACGGUCAUCUGUUUGUGGUCCAAUGGGACAAAGUACGAUUAAAAGACCGAGAAACCGAAGGAGCUUUCACGUUCCAGGCGGCGCUGCACAAAAACGGAACCGUGGUGUUUAACUACCGAGAGAUCCCGGUGCCGGUGGAGGGGAUUAACUCGACGGAGCAUCCCGUCAAAGUGGGAAUGUCGGACGCGUUCGUGGCCUACAUCCCAUCUCCGGAGAUUGCAGAUGCAAAGCAGAGGACCAUCUACGAGUAUCACCGGGUUGAAAUCAACACCAGCACCAUUGCCAGCGGAUUGGCUUUUGAGUUCACGCCGCUGCCAACUUGUCUUCAACACACGUCCUGCGAUCUCUGCUUGGGGUCCAACCUGACGAGCGGGUGCGGGUGGUGCAACACGCUUCAAAGAUGCUCAGAUGGAAUCGACCGUCUUCGGCAGGAGUGGCUGGAUUACAACUGUCCCGAAGAGGCUGAAGGCAAAUGCGAGGACUACUACACGGCGUCGCCUGAAGAUCCGACACUAUCCUCGUCGUCGGCUGCUCCGACGUCAUCUUCGGCCAAGAUCCGCGACGACGUGGUCACCAGGGAACCUCCAGACCACACAAGGAUGACUGAGAAUGCGGCCAUCAUCGCCGGUGUAGUGGGGGCUCUCGUGCUAGUGGUGGCGCUAACCUUGCUAGCUGUGUACUACAUCAACACGCACCCCACGUUGGCGCCGCCCUUCUACCUCAUGCAGCGACGGAGCAACAACUACUGGCCCGCUACGAAGUUCCGCAACCAGGACUGCCCGUCGAGCUACGGCGAGGUGGAGCUGACGGGUCACGAGAAGGAAGGUUUCAUCGAGGCGGAACAGUGCUGCUGAAGGCGGCCAUCUUGAGGAUGGUAACAGAUGAACAGAAAAAUCCACUCACCAACGAUUGGCAGCUCUUCCUGGCCUGCUUUGCGUCUCCUUGACACACCGUCGGCAAGGUCUAAAAUGAAAAGAAGAAAACCCCAUCAAUCCAAAAUAAAAUGUCAAUGGACACGUCCCAUCUGUGUUUUUAAAGCCGGCAUUUUGGUUGUUACAUGAUAUUACUGUAGAUUCUAUAGAUUAAGAAACUGGCAUCCUUUCUGUGGUGUUAUUUUUCAAGGUCAAAUGUCUUAUAUUAAAAAAUGGUUUCAGAGAGUUUAA